AACAAGGUUUCUGGGAACAGCACCCCCUGUUCCUGGAACUUGAACGAGGCGUAUCUUUGGCGGAGGGGUGGAGUUGCUCAGAACAACGAAAACAUUCGGCUGCAAAUGUGUUUACUCAUUUCUCCAGAAGCACCUGCAACACGUUUUACUAUGUGAAAGACCACAUCUCUUUGUCAUCAUGUCGACGCCAAUUGUUUCACUAUUUGAUGCAUGGGAAAGAAACAGGAAUACUCGAGUGAAGAGGAGCAACAACCUGAAGCUAUGGCCUCAUCAGCUAGCAUCCCUGAGAGAUCCCGAUGUGGUGGAAUCUCUUGCCCGGAAGAGCGAGAAGAUAGCAGGCCGGCGCCUGCCGACUGAUGGCACCGAUGUGUUUCGUCGCUUCACACCGGAGUCGCUGGCAGCUGCCGAGCGCUGUACGAAGGAGGAGGCGGCGGCCAAGCAGAAGUGUAGAAAUGAGCAGAACGGGAAGGCCCCCGCAAAGGAUAAGAAGAACCUCCCCAAACCUUACAGCGACCUGGAGGCUGGGAAGGCCUUGCCCUUCAUCUAUGGAAACCCGCCACCAGGGCUGUGCAACAUACCCCUGGAGGAGCUGGAUCCCUACUACCAGGCCAAGAAGACCUUCAUCGUCAUCAACAAAGGGAAUACCAUCUUCAGGUUCGACGCUGAAGCAGCCUGCUCCUGUCUGCAAUUGAGUCCCUUCAAUGUUGUCAGGCAGGCAGCCAUCCGAGUUCUCACACAUUCGUUGUUCCGCAUGUUCAUCUUGGCAACUCUUCUGACAAACUGCGUGUUCAUGGCGAUGAGCAACCCUCCGGCAUGGAGUGGAAUUGUGGAGUAUGUUUUUAUUGCUAUCUACACAUUUGAAGCAACUAUCAAAGUGCUAUCCAGAGGCUUCUGUAAAGGAAAUUUCACAUUCCUUCGUGAUGGAUGGAACUGGCUUGAUAUCAUAGUCAUCACCACAGCGUGCAUCAACGUGUUUGGUCAUCUGGGCUUCUGGACAUCUGUGCCUGCACUGAGGACUUUUGAAGUUAUUCGUGUCUUUAAAAUUAUCCCUCUAUUUCCUGGUCUGAAAUCCACUGUCGGUGCCGUUAUCCAGUCCACGAAGAAGUUAUGGAAUGCAAUGUUUCUCAUACUAUUCGGUCUGAUUUUCUUCACCAUACUGGGCCUCCAGUUAUUCAUGGGCAGCCUGCAGCAGAAGUGUGUCCUUUGGCCAGCAGAUCUCAAUGGGUCAGGCUUGACCUUUGAGACAUUCAUCAACAAUGCCACCAACCAUUACUUCCUCCCGGGUCAAUUAGACGCGCUGGUCUGUGGGAACAGCUCAGGUUCUGGUGUUUGCCCUCAAGGAUUCUCCUGCCUCAAAGCAGGAAUCAACCCACACUACGGCUCUACAAACUAUGACUCGUUUGGCUGGGCCUUACUGGCUGCCUUCCGUAUGAUGACGCUGGACUUCUGGGAGAAUCUUUUUCAAUUGACUAUCCGUGCAGUGGGAAAAGGCUACACGAUCGUCUACAUGAUCAUGAUGUUUGGGUCUCUCUAUUUCUUCAACCUCAUUCUGGCGGCAGUUGCCAUGGCGCGUGUUGAGCAGAACGAUGCCACUGUUGCUGAGGCCAAAGAGAAGGAGGAGGAGUACGCCAUGAUUCUGGAGCAGUUGAAGAAUCAGGAGGCUAAGAAACAAGACAAAAUGGCUGCCAGCAAUAUACCCCUGUUGAGUCAGUGCAAUAACAGUGGAGGGACAGAGGAUGAGCGUACAGAUGAUGACCGAAGCCUUGGCAAAGAUGAAGAGAAGAAGGUGGCCCUAAAGGAUGAGGAGGUACAAGAGGCAACAGCCAGUGCUGUCAGUGCAGUGAUAGCAGUAGAAAACACCAUGGAUGACCUUAAGGAACUUCAGAGGCCAUGUUGUCCCCCAUUUUGGUACACGUUUGCAAACAUCUUUCUGAAGUGGAACUGCUGCCCUCCCGUUAAGAAGUGGAUCUCCUUUGUGAUAAUGGAUCCAUUUGUGGACUUGGGCAUCACUAUCUGUAUUGUGUUCAAUACUAUUUUAAUGGCCAUGGAGCACUAUCCAUUGACGAUGGAGUUUGAGGAAAUACUGUCAGUGGGGAACCUGGUAUUCACUGGGAUUCUAACAGCUGAGAUGGUUCUCAAGAUCAUCGCCAUGGACCCGUAUUAUUACUUCCAAGUGGGCUGGCACAUCUUUGACAGCGUCGUCGUGAUCGUGAGCCUGUUGGAGCUGGGUGUGGCUAAUGUAGAAGGCCUCUCUAUGCUGCGCCUCCUCCGACUGAUCCGCAUCUUCAGACUGGCAAAGUAUUGGCCGGCCUUCAACCGGGUGCUCCGCAUCCUCGCCAGCUCCGUGACAACCCUGGGCAAACUGAUUCUCAUCCUUGGCAUCACCACAUUCAGCUUUGCUGUGGCGGGCAUGCAUCUGUUUGCCACCAGUACUAAUGAAUGUGUGUGCAAGAUCUCAGAGGACUGUGAAUUACCCCGCUGGCACAUGACUGACUUCUUCCACUCCUUCCUCGUCGUCUACCGCAUCAUGGGCGGGGAGUGGAUCGAGACCAUGUGGGACUGCAUGGAGGUGGCUGGUCAACCCACAUGCCUAGUCUUCUACAUGAUGGUCAUAGUCAUCAGUAAGCUGGUGCUACUGAACCUCUUCGUCGCCUUUGUGUUGAACUCCUUCAGUGGAGAUAACCUGGCCCCACUGGACUAUCACGGAAAGAACAACCUCAAGAUUGCCAUUAGGAGAAUCACCCGGGAUGUUAGGAGGAUGUUUGGACUGAAACCCAAAAAGGGGGAGGGAGAAGAGGAGGAUGAGGAUCAGCAAGAUCAUGUCAAGAGCAAUGAUUUGGUCCUGAAACAUCUGGACUCGGGUGAGCUUGAGCUGAAGAAAGUGGAUAAAAAGCAGGGCGUCAGUGAUAAUGGAUCUUUUCUGAACUCUCCAGUCAUCAAUGUGCCCAUCGCCAAGGGAGAGUCAGACUUUGACACUUGCGAUAAUGGUGGUACUUCGGGGAAUGAGCAUAAGGCAGAAGAUGACAAAAUUAAGGAGAUAAAGGAAGACUCUGUCAUGCCUCAGGAGUGCCUCUCCGCGAAUUGUAUCCACUGCUGUCCUUGCCUGGACCUCGAUAUCACCCAGGGUAAAGGAAAAUCCUGGUGGGCCUUUCGGCGUACAUGUUAUUCCAUAGUGAAGAACAAGUACUUUGAGGGCUUCAUUAUUUCUGUGAUCCUGCUUAGCAGUGCUGCUCUGGCCUUUGAGGACAUCUACAUUGGACAAAGACCAACCCUUAAGAUCAUUCUGGAGUAUGCCGAUCACGUGUUCACAUGCAUCUUCAUCCUGGAGAUGCUUCUCAAAUGGGUAGCUUAUGGCUUCAAAGUCUACUUUACCAAUGGCUGGUGCUGGCUGGACUUCCUCAUUGUUGAUGCUUCCAUCAUCAGACUGAUGGCCCACGUCCUGGGUUACUCAGAGCUGGGGGCCUUAACAACCCUUAAAGCCCUGAGACCCCUCAGAGUCCUCUCCAGAUUUCAAGAAAUGAGGGUGGUGGUGAAUGUGCUAGUGGGAUCCAUGCCCUCCAUCUUCAGUGUGCUGCUGGUCUGCCUGAUCUUCUGGCUAAUCUUCAGCAUCAUGGGUGUCAAUCUCUUUGCCGGAAAGUUCCACUACUGUUUGAACGCCACCUCAGAUCAGAUGUUAACCAUUGACGAUGUUAACAAUAGAUCAGAAUGUUACGCUCUCAUGGAGUAUGGUUUUGAUGUCGAAUGGAAGAACAAACCUGUCAACUAUGACAACGUGGGCAACGGCUAUCUUUCUCUGUUUCAAGUGGCAACAUUUAAAGGAUGGAUCGACAUCUUGUAUUCGGCAAUUGAUUCACGCCAGAUUGAAGAUAAUCCUGAGUAUAAAGCAAGCCUCUACAAGUCCCUCUAUUUCGUCAUAUUCGUCAUCUUUGGCUCCUUCAUUACCCCCAGUCUCUUCAUUGGUGCCAUCAUUGACCAUUUCAACCGACAGAAAACAAAGUAUGGAGGUAUUGACAUCUUCAUGACAGAAGCACAGAAAAAGAACUACUGUGUUAUGAAGAAAAUGGGUUCUAAGCCUCCGAAGCCAAUAGAAAGACCAAAGAACACAUGUUCCGGACGUGUCUUUGACUUGGUCACCAACAAAUUCUUCGACAUCUUUAUGAUGAUUGUCAUCAUGAUCAACAUGGUGAUUUUGAUGAUAGAAACAGACCAUCAGAGUCAAGAGAAGGAGGAAAUACUUUUCUACUUCAAUUUUGUCUUAAUUGUGAUCUUCACCGUGGAAUUCGUUCUGAAACUGAUUGGCCUCAGACAGUACUACUUCACUAGUGGCCUGAAUAUUUUGGACUCUGUUGUGCUGAUUACGUCCAUAGUGGGUCUUUUUCUGGCAGACUUCCUUGAAAAAUAUUUCUUCGAUCCAUCUCUAUUACGACUGGCCAGGAUUGUUCGGGUUUUAAGCUUCUUUAGCCAUGCCAAAGGAAUCCGAAACCUUCUGUUUAGCCUAAAGAUGUCACUUCCUGUUGUUUUCAAUAUGUGCCUUCUCCUUUUCCUCAACAUCUUUGUUUUCUCCAUUUUUGGCAUGUUUGGCUUUGCAUAUGUGAAGCAAACACAUGCAAUGGAUGACAUGUACAACUUUGAGACUUUUGGCAACAGCAUCAUCUGCCUUUUCAUCGUCACAACUACAGCUGCUUGGGACGGAUUCCUUCUCCCCAUGACCGUUACUCCACCCGAUUGUGACCCUGACGUGAUAAACCCAGGAUCAGAGGUAUGGGGUAACUGUGGCAGCCCUUUGCUAGGAACAGCCUUCGUAUGCACUUUCGUUAUCCUGUCCUUACUGAUAGUGACGAACAUGUGCAUUGCCAUCAUCCUGGAGAUCUUCAACACGGCCACUGAGGAGAAAAACAACUUGUUGUCCGACGAUGAAGCGCAAACGAGUGGAAAUGGCCUCUCGAGUCAUCCAGAGAGCCUGGCGCAAGCGCAUCCUCCAGAACCCUCAAGUCCUGAAUGACAAUCUGAGAGCGAGUAAUAUUUAGAUUAAACAAUAUUGAGGGUUAGUGUCAUCUUCGAGACCCAUUCCCUGCAGUUGCUCAUUAACCUUAAAAACUUGCUCCCACUUUUGACAUAAGGCCUCAUGGGACUUAAGAAACUUGUGCAUAGCCUAAUGUAUCUCGUCUUUAGUCCUAUUUCUUUUAAAACGCGUUAUCACUUGAUUAUGUUUGAUCUAAACAGUUACGCUCCUGAAUUAUUUUUGAAAUGUCAAAGGGAAAGAAUAUUUUUCAAAACAUUAGGCCUACGUCAAUGUGUUUUCUGUCCACUUCUGGCUUGCAGUAUAUUCCCUUGUGACGACUCCUUUUGGAUUGGCGGUUCAUACAUUUUGACAGCUUAAGUUUUAUCUUAAGAUAAAGAUUCAGUUUUACCAAAAAUCCUAAAUGCCAUCCAAAAGUUAGGAAGUUAGGAAGUUUCUUUAAUUAGGUCCUAGGUCUAUUUGAGAAAAUAGACAAAGUUAUCAUUCUGAUUCAAGGCUGUGGCUGAGUUACAGUUAUAGAUAGCUGAUAAGAGUUAGAUUAAUGUCAGGUUAAGUUGUCAUUUACACCAUUAAACUGUGCAUUAAAGCAAAACAGAGCAGCCGUGGCCUACUGGUUAGGGCUUCGGGCUUGUAAUCAAAGGGUUGCCAGUUCGAUCCCUGACCAGUGGGAAAAUGUGGGUAGGAAAAGUAGUUGAGCACAGUUCUCCCAAGCGCACAUCCACGACUGAAGUGCCCUUGAGCAAGGCACCUAACACCUCACUACUCCCCACUGUAGCGCCACUGUAGGGUAGCUCCGGAUUAGUGGGUGCUUCACCUCACUGUGUGUUGUGUGUGUUCACUAAUUCACAGAUUUGGAUAAAUGCAGAGACCAAAUUUCCCUCAUGGGAUCAAAAAAGUAUAUAUAGUUAUACUUACUUUUAUAGUUACUUAUAUACUUUUAUAAAUCAAAUCAUAUAGUGCAUACUGUAGUGCAAGAUGCCUCAAAAAGACAGGAGACAAACACAGAAAGAAAGCCACUAAAGGUCUCUCUCUCGCUCUCUCACACUCUCUCUCUCUUGCUCUCUCUCUAGUAGAUCACUUAUAGUAAAGGUCACUUGGUAGGGUACAAUGACAUACAGUAGUAUGAUGUGGUUUGUUGCAAGAUCCCAGUAUAUGGGUCCCUGUAAUGUAACAGAUUUAACUGUACACUAUGUUGACAUACAGUAUGAUGUUUAAAACACUUGUUCAAUGUCCACCUUUUUCAAUUUUAGCACAUGCCCCUCCAAAUGGCCCUGCACGGCCCUGCGUACUGCCAAGGUUAAGAAGCUGAUGAUCUUUAAUGUAUGGAUGCCUACAGUGGCACUGUACAAGGUAAAAGGUUUCAGAUAGACCUUUUGCCCCCUAGAGACCCUAAGAGAAUUUGGUGGUGAGUCCUAUCUUGGGUGAACCCAGACAAAUCUGCUAGCACAUUUUCCAUUUGCUCUAAGUGCAGCGCAAAUAUUUUUUCUUGUAAACAAGGGUUUUAAACACAGUUGUUUACUCAAUUCCAAAGAAAAUGCACUUACAGUACCUGCUAGUCUGGCUAUCACCCUACUAAGCUCAAUCUUUUAAGAUGGAACAUUAGUAUGGGGGAAGCUGCGCUUUGUUUGGAGCUAGAUUUGCAGGUGUCCAGCCUGAGAUUCCUGGGGGAAAUCCAAAUUCACCGGAAGUUCAGGCAGGAUUCUCCCAGGCUACGCAUCUGCUGGAUUUGUGGUGAUUUAGAAACAGACGUUAGUGGGUUCCUUUGCAGACCAACCUGCAGAGCAAAUCCAUGUUUUCGAGGCUCUCAACACACAAGCAGCUGAUUUUUUUUCUACCUUCCCUUUUGACUCUUCUCAUUCAUUUGAUUUACUACAGUUUUGUAUUAUGGUGUACUCAAUACUCAAAUUUGAGAUGAGAUAUUUUGUAACCUACUUCAGGAAUUAUAACAUGACUAACCAUGGCACUUAUGUGGUGUGUAAUGAUCUAUGUGGUCUAAGUAUUGGUGCUUUAGAGUAUAUUGACAUACAAUAUGCAUAGUACUCUAUUACUAACUUACUAACCAAUGGGACUAAUUUCACACAAUUUUUUACCUUUUAUUGUUUGUUAAUUUGUCUGUUUAUGUCAUGAUAUACCUACGGAUGUGCAAGUGGCUCCGUAUGACAUCUUGUUUUUGUUUGAUUUCAUCUAUUUUUAUAAUUUUUUUAAAUAAAAUGAAAUGUACGAUUAUUGUUUUACUGCACUAUCGUAUGCAUAUUGUGAUGUAUGUACUUAGCUUAUCUACACAUCAUUGUUCAUAUCAAUGUUAUACUGGAGGCUAUUGCAACAAAUAAAAUUUCAAUUUAAAGACACAAACAACUCCCUUGUGUUGAAAUGAGAA